CGAAGCCAGGCUGCAUAACGGGGGACUGACGAUGUGGCGACAAGCACUUCUGCUACUACUUUUGCUGCUGGGGCGGGGGACCCAGGGGAAGCCGUCUACGGACGGAAGCCCUCAUGGCCAGGGGAGGGUGCACCAGGCAGCCCCCCUGAGCGAGGCAGCUCAUGAUGACGCCCACGGGAACUUUCAGUACGACCAUGAAGCUUUCUUGGGACGGGAAGUGGCCAAGGAAUUCGACCAGCUGAGUCCUGAGGAAAGCCAGACCCGCUUGGGGAGGAUCGUGGACCGCAUGGACCAGGAUGGGGACGGAGACGGCUGGGUGUCUCUGGCCGAGCUUCGUGCAUGGAUCGCGCACACGCAGCAGCGGCACAUACGGGACUCAGUGAGCGCGGCCUGGGACACGUAUGACACGGAUCAUGACGGACGUGUGGGCUGGGAAGAGCUACGCAACGCUACCUAUGGUCACUAUGAGCCUGGUGAAGAAUUUCAUGACGUGGAGGAUGCAGAGACCUACAAGAAGAUGCUGGCCCGGGAUGAACGGCGUUUCCAGGCAGCCGACCAGGACAAGGAUUCCGUGGCCACUCGGGAGGAGUUGACGGCCUUCCUACACCCUGAGGAGUUCCCUCACAUGCGGGACAUCGUCAUUGCUGAAACGAUGGAGGAUCUGGACAAGAACAUGGAUGGCUACGUCCAAGUAGAGGAAUACAUUGCCGACCUGUACUCAGAGGAACCUGGACAGGAAGAGCCUACUUGGGUGCAGACGGAGCGGGAACAGUUUCGUGACUUCCGGGAUCUCAACAAGGAUGGGCGGUUGGAUGGCAGUGAGGUGGGCCACUGGGUGUUGCCGCCUGCCCAGGACCAGCCGCUAGUGGAGGCCAACCAUCUACUACAUGAGAGUGACAGGGACAAGGACGGCCGUCUGAGCAAGGCGGAGAUUCUGAGUAACUGGAACAUGUUCGUGGGCAGCCAGGCUACUAACUACGGAGAGGACCUCACGCGUCACCACGAUGAACUCUGA